GACAAGCGAGCGGAUUUCAGUUUAGUUUAGUACGUCACAUUUUGCGGUUGGUUGUCGCGGAAGCACGCAAACUUCUCAAUUCGUAUCAAAAAGUGCCUACAUAACAACAAAUAUAUUAGUGUUGAAAAGAAAAAGAAAACAAAACGAAAGACCAAAAAGCAGAAGCAAAAAAUAUUGAGUAUAGUCAGGGAAAAGAAAAAUACCAACAACAACUACGCGUUAAAUUAACACAGCAAAAACAGCUAUACUAUUAAUACAAAUAUAAAAAGCAUAAGAAUCGAAAAAAAGUAAAAAAAAAAUAAAUUUUAAGUAAAACGCGAACGUAAAAGUGCGAAUUUUACAAAACAUACAUACAUAUAUACAUACACUUCAACUCGCACCGCGCGCUGCAAUCGGAAUAGUAAAUUGGGAUGUGGUGUUUUUUUCUGGCAAAAAAAUCCAUUUCAAGAGAUAAUUUAAGAGCUUGCAACUGUGUAACAAAUAUUGCAUAAAAGGAAAUGCUCCAGUCUCUGAGUAAAGAACUUGGAAGCAAAUACAAAAACAUCCUAAGACAAUUAAACAAUUCUCAAACAAAUUUAUAAGCAAAUUAUAAAAUUUAGUCAGCUAAUUGCUUGCAAGAAAAAUACAACAACAAAGUUAAUAUUCCUUAAAAGCUAAGUGUCCUUCGUAAAAGUUCUUGCUAUAAAAUUAGUUGAAAGAUAUUUAAAAUAAAAUAAAAAACUAAACAAAUCAGUGCUUUGAAUUCAUUAAAAAAAACGUGUAACGUCAAGUACUGCCACAUUGUGAAACAAAAAAACCAAAACCUUAAAAACUGCUAAGAGUCAGCAAAAACAUUACUUUAGCAGCAAACAGAACAAAAAAGUAUACAAAAUGUCCAACCAUCAUCAGCGCAUAUCGACAGCGAAAAUACUUAUUAGCGGCAUACCGCUGCAAACACGUUUCGAAGACAUCGAACCUUUACUGAAGCCAUACGGCAUCGUCAAACAGUGUGAGGCUGUGUCCAGUAAGGACCCCAAUACCCAAACUGUACAUAUAACAUUCGAAAAUCCCGAUCAGGCUCAAAGAGCUGCUGGCGGAUUAAACGGCGUCGAAUUCGAGGGCAAUAAAUUACACGUCGAGCCAUUGGAUAAGAAUCCACGACGUACUAAUCGCAAUCAACGUAACCCAUAUCCCGGUAUGCCAGGACCCGGACGUCAAGCCGAUUUCCCGCUACGCAUUCUCGUGCAAAGCGAAAUGGUCGGAGCGAUUAUUGGCCGUCAAGGCAGUACAAUACGUUCGAUCACACAACAGAGUCGCGCUCGUGUCGAUGUACAUCGGAAGGAGAAUGUCGGCUCAUUAGAGAAGGCGAUCACCAUUUAUGGUAACCCAGAGAAUUGCACGAAUGCGUGCAAGAGAAUUUUGGAGGUGAUGCAGCAGGAGGCCAUCUCUACAAACAAGGGUGACAUUUGUUUAAAAAUUCUCGCCCAUAAUAAUCUAAUUGGACGUAUUAUUGGUAAGAACGGCAACACAAUUAAGCGCAUCAUGCAGGAGACAGACACUAAGAUCACCGUCAGCUCAAUUAACGACAUCAGCAGCUUCAAUUUGGAACGCAUCAUUACGGUUAAGGGCCAAAUUGAAAACAUGUCACGCGCCGAAGCGCAGAUAAGUUCAAAACUACGCCAAAGUUACGAGAACGAUUUGCAGGCCAUGGCGCCGCAAAGUUUAAUGUUCCCCGGGCUCCAUCCGAUGGCCAUGAUGUCGACACCCGGCAACGGCAUGGUCUUCAAUCCUAGCAUGCCAUAUCAGUCGUGCCCGGGCUUCCCCAUGUCAAAGACACCGGCGACUGUGGUGCCACCUGUAUUCCCCAACGACAUGCAGGAGACUACAUACCUCUAUAUACCGAAUAAUGCAGUGGGCGCGAUUAUCGGCACCAAGGGCUCACACAUACGCAGCAUAAUGCGCUUUUCGAACGCCUCUUUGAAAAUAGCUCCUAUUGACAACGAUAAGCCGGCCGAGCAACAGACCGAACGUAAGGUGACGAUCAUCGGUACGCCGGAGGGACAAUGGAAGGCGCAGUAUAUGAUUUUUGAAAAGAUGCGAGAAGAAGGUUUCAUGUGUGGCACCGAAGAUGUACGCCUAACAGUCGAAAUUAUGGUGGCCAGUUCGCAGGUGGGCCGAAUAAUCGGCAAGGGUGGUCAGAAUGUGCGCGACUUGCAGCGCGUCACCGGCAGUGUUAUAAAGCUGCCAGAGCAUGGGGUGGCGCCAGCAUCGGGCGGCGAUGAGGAGACGCCCGUGCAUAUUAUUGGCCAGUUCUACAGCGUACAGUCGGCACAGCGUCGCAUACGCGCCAUGAUGAUGUCGACGAAUCCACCGCCGGUGACUAAAAAGCAAAAAGCCGCCAAAGAACAGUCCGCCGCCGCCGCCGCUGCAGCAGCUGCUGCCGCCGCUGGCAGUGGGACUCAGCAACUGCAACAGCAGCAGCAGGUAACACAGCAGCAACAACAACUGCAACAGCCACAGCAGCCGCCACAGCAACAACAACAGCAACAGUCGCCGCCACAACAACAACAACAGCAGCAACAACCAUCUGCGUCAAGCCAGUAAGCAAAAAAAAUAAAAAUGAAACAAAAAAUGCGCGUUGAUUAUUUUGUUGAAGCAUUUUUUAUUAUAACAUAUUUUUUAUUUUUAUUUUUUUUUUUAUAAAUUAAAUGCAGAGAAAUGUGUAUGAUGAUGUAUUUAGGUUUUCUAAUAUACUAUAAACAUAAUUAUUAAUAUUUCUUUUUUAAACAAUAAUGAUUGAUCAUCGAUGUGGGCGUUAACGAGGAUGAUUAUGUUGAAAAUGAUGACAAAAAUUAUAAUGAUGAUGUUUAAGUACUGAUUUUUGUCAACAAAAUAAUAAAAGAAAAAUUAUUUUAUCAAGAAGCAGAAAAGCAUGCAAAUAAGAAAACAAGCAUAAUUUACAGAAACAAUACUUACAUAUAUAUAUUUGUAUGUGUACAUAUGUAUAUGUAACAAUGGAAAUUCGACAAAGAAGUCUGCUAAACAACAAAAUAUGAAUGAACGUUAAAAUCCAAAAACAAAAAACAAAACACCGUAACCAACUACCACACAACUAAACUGAGAACAAAACACACAUUUGUUCGCUUAAAAAAAUCAGAAAAAAUGUGAAACAAUAGGUGCGAAUUUAACAACAACAAAAAAAUAAUUAAAAAAAUUAAUAAUGCAAAAAAAUAAAAAUUAGAUGUAUGCAUAUUUUACACUCACACACACAAACACACUUACAUACAUAUUUGCCAAGAUGUCAGAUAAAAAAAUAUUAUGAUACAACAAAAAAGUUUGCACAAAAAUUUGAAGUUGCAACAAGCAAACGCACUAAUGCCACAGAGUGCAAAAACAAGCAGCUUUCCUAAUAACUAGAAAUGAAAAAUAAGAAAAACGAAAAAUAGAAGGAUAAAAAAAUUUUAAUUAAACUAAUCAAAAUUCAAACGCAAAAGUACAGUGUGUCAGUUAAGAAUGUAUAUGCACUUGUAUGUUAAUAUACAGUAAAAUAGUUAUGUAUAUAUUUUAUGCAGUAGAUGCUGCAGCAGAUCAACCCACCAACUGUUAAGAACGAAAACAACAAGAACAACAACAACAACAAAACAACGCAACGUCAACGCUGUAUACGGUAAUUGGCAAAAAUUAAUAAAAAUGCGAAAUGGAAAAAACAAAAAAAAAAAAAAAAAAAAAACAAAAUCAACUUGCAUACCAAUUGAGGGCCCAGCAAAACCCAGCAGAAGCGGUCAAGCAAAAACACCAAAACUGCGUUUAAGGUUGGACCGCACAUUUCUUGUACGAAUUUUAAACGAAAAUUUUACUCCCUCCUUUGACGGUUAACAGAAAUUAAAAAAAGAAAAAGUUAAGAAAUUGAUGAAAUCUGGCAGCCCACAAAAAAUGGCAAUGCGUUACGAAAGCAUCGCUCACAUAUUUAAAAUAAUUUUCUUACAAUAGCAGCCUAUAUGUCUAUGUUUUCUUGAAUUCUUGAAAAUAAAUGAAAAAAAAAUUAAUAUUAAUUCGAAUGGAUAAACUAGGAAAUUCAAUCAGAUAAUAAAUAAAUAAUAUAACCUAAAAAAUAAUAAAAAGCACGCUUACCAUUAAAGCAAUGAAGGCGACUUUAAAAAUUGCGGGAAAUAUGAAAAAACAUUUGCUUUUUUUCCUUGUUCACUCCACUCAGGAGCAUAGGGCUGCGACAAGACUCAGUCUUGCUUCGGUUUCGUUAAUCUAUUUGAUUUCUGACAGGGUAGGUGAUUAGCCUAUGAAAAAAUAUUCACGUAUUUAUUUUUGAAAUCGAUUUUAUUGCGUUCCAUAUUAAAAAAGGCGAUAUCAUCAAAAAACCCAAAAUCAAAAAAUUUAUUCACUUUUAAUUGUCGACUUUCCCUUAAAAACCAAGGCGAAUUCAUUAAAGGUUCUGGCACUAGGCCAAAAACAACAUUUUGUACAUUAGAAUGUCACGUCAAAGUAGAACACAAAGGAGUGAUUUAUUUAUAUAAAAAAAUUGCGCUCUUUCGCACUAUUUUAUUAUAUUUAUUUAUAAAAGCCUUUUGAAAUUAACCUCAUUGCAAAAUUACAAAUUUGAAUAAAAAUUAUGCGUUCCGUAAUUUAAUUUUGUGCUGACCUCCGAAUGUGCACGGCGAAAGGCAAAAGAAAAACAAAAAAACAAGUCAGCUGCUCUACGCGGCCGCCCUUAAUAGAUUCGCCUUCUAAAAAAUCGUGCUGACAAAAACAAAAACAAAUACUAUUUUUUUGGAAAUAUUUUCGUAAACAAAACUUUGCCCAAGUAGCAAACUUAUUUUUAGAGUCACAAUUAUUACUUUAAUGGUAAUUUGUCAACAACUAAUUUCCCGUCUAUGUAAACUCGACCUAAACUAAAACAUUAAUCAAACUUUAUUUUGAACACACAAAACCGCUUUUUCGGAAGAAUCAAACGUAAUUAGCGAAUUACAAAGAAAAUACUGAUCUAAAAUGACAAAUUAAAACAAAAAAAUGUGGUUUCAAACUAACUCAAAAUAUGUGUAAAUUACAACAAAAAUGAAGUUUUACGAAAAUUUUGCAUAUUUUCAUUAAAAACAAAAAAAUUCACAAGAAACGCGCGCAUAAAAUUAAAAACUAAGGACUUACUAAAAAAUAUAAAUAAAAAAAUUAAAUAUGAGUAAAAAUUAUUAAAUAAAUAUAAAAGACCAUAAAUAAAAAAAAUUUAAAACUCAAGUAAACUAAUUUUUGCCCAAAAAGUAUACAGCGGACGUUUGCAACUUACAUUAAAAUGAAGCAAAAAAACAAACCUUCAAUCCAUGCAAUGCAGCAAGAAAAUCUUUAUAAUUUUCGAAGAACCAAUAAAUAAGUAAAACAAAAAUAAAUCAAAAAAAUGAAGCGUUGACUGAAGGCGCGAAAAAAGUUCAAUUCACUGCACACUUGACAGCUAUUCAAUAUUUGGCAACAAGUUUUGAGCAAAAGAAAUUGAAAAAUUCAACCCUGUUGAAAGUCAUAUUUGCAAUAGCGCGGCGAUCGAUUCAAAAAUAUCCAAAUUUUCGCGCACUUUAAGCAGAAAAAGUGAUUUUUUUACGCUUGUGGAAAGUAAAAAAAACGCAAGGGUUACUACCAAUGAAGCAAAUAAAAUCGAGUUCAAAUACAUUUUGCUAUAUCUUUAGCGGUUAACCUGUUGGCAAUCAUAUGAUACAGACAACCAACUGUUUGACCAACAAGUCGGCGUGUGUGUAGGGCCUUUUAUGGAAAUCUAUCAUAAGGUUUACACUGGAUAAGCACACGUUUGCUUAGGUAUGAAAUUUUAAGUUUUCUUGAAGAUUUGAGGAUUUUUUGAAUUUGAAUUUCUUUUCAAUUUAACGUUUCUUAACUUUGAAUUAGUUUUUCCUUAAAAUUUCUUUUUAAUUUAAUGUUUUUUUUAAUUUGAAGUUUUUUUUUUAUCUUGAAGUUUUUUUAAUUUAUUUUAUUUUUUUUUUGUUAUAUAUGGAAAUAGAGAAAAUUCUAUUUUUAUAUUUUACUUUUUGCUUUAAGAAUUUUUAUUUGUUUAAUCUUUUAAUUCUUUUGUUAAGACUUUUUGCAAUUAGUUGGUUUUAAAAAAUACAAUUUUUUUUCAUUUUUUGCAAUUAGUUGAUUCUAAAAACACAUUUUUUUUAAUUUUUUUGAAUUUAGUUAGUUCUAAAAAUACAAUUUUUUUUGAAAUUAGUUCGUUUUAAAAAAUACAUUUUUUUGCAUUAUUUGAUUUUAAAAAUACAAGAAUUUUUAUUUGUUUAUUCUUUUAAUGUUUUUUUUAGAUUUGUUGCAAUUAGUUGGUUUUAAAAAUACAACUUUUUUUAAUGUUUUUACAAUUAGUUGCUUUUAAAAAAUACAAUUUUUUUUUAAUUUUUUUUACAAUUAGUUGGUUUAAACAAAAUGUUAUCUUUGCUUUUUUUUCUUAUUUCUUUCUGUCGCAUUUUUUUUUUUUUUUUUUUUAUUAACUUUCGUUUAUUUGCAAACUAUUUUUAUAAUAAGCAAAUUAUAUAACUAUUUAACAAUUUUAUUUAAACUCGAUUUUACUUGAUUUAUUGUCUAGGCACACAAGUUUUCGAAUUCUUCAAAACAGAAAGUUUCCCUCGAUCAAUCAAGCAUAAUUUUGACAAAAUCGCAAAAAACCAGAGAGCAAAUGUGUUCCUACAACAACAAAAAAAGACAAAAAAAAAACACAAACUUGAAACAGAGUAGCCAAAGAAUGGCAAUUAUUUUUAGUGGUACUCUAACGCUACCAUAGCUACAACCACUCCAAAAGUAACCACUCUAAUAACUACAUACUUCAACAACUCGUUCCAUUACAAGUUUCUAUUUAAUUUUUUUGCGUCUAGUGAGAAAUGUUAAUUGCGUUUGCCUUGAAACGGUGCUGAAAUGUAUUAAUUGAUAAAGAAAAAGAAAAAAAUCACAGGAAAUUAAAUUAAAUAAACGUAAUGUAAAGAUUUUCUUUUAAUAUAAGUAAUACACAAUUCAAACUGAAACUAUUUUAAAAAAUACACUUUUUCGUAACUUUUAAUGCAAACGACAGUUACACAAAUUCAAUGCGCUAAUUGCUUACCAUAUACUUAGCAGAAAUAAUCAAACCCGAUUAAGUUGAGUUUACGUUUACACACACAUACAUACAUGCAUACAUAAAAGAAUGAAUAAAUCCAUUUAAUGACGGUGUAAACAAUGAAUUAGCGCUGCUUAAGAUUUAUAUUAAUUUUGUUAAUUGUUAAAUAUUUGCUCAGCAUUGCCUUAUGCAUUUUUUUCCUACUUAAAUUAGUUUCAGAAUUAUAGAAUAUACGAAAUAACUGUCAUAUAUAAAGUAACUGUAAAACAAAGUACAUAUGUAUAUUGCCGUUAAAAGUGGAACCAAUUAGUUGUUAAAAAAGAAAGAAGAAAAUAGUUAAACCAAACUUAAAACACUUACACUUAGUAAAUUUAGUAAUGAGCAGCAAACAAUCAAACAAACAAGCAAGCAAACUAAUCAAUCAACAAUCAAGCAACAACUUGCAUGUCAACAAGCCAAUAGUUUAAAAAACUAAAAACAAAAAACAACAAAAACCUUUAUAAAAGUAUAUGCAUUGUUAGCACGGAAGAGCAGACAAAUUUGACUGAUUUUACUAAAAUCAAAAUCAGCCUAUUUACAGCUAUUUCUACUAAACAAAAACAAAACCAAAUCAGCCACUGCAAUAGCAACUUGACAAUAGCCCGAAAAUUGAGAAGCAACAAACAAUAACUGUAAUAGUCCUUUAACUACCUAAAUAGCCAAGCUGAACUUAUUUGUUGUUUCCCCUCCCCCACCCUCUAAAUAAAUAUAUUUAUAACAAUACAAUAUACAUACAUACAUACUUAUAUGCAUAGAAAGAUUGUUAAGAAAAUAUACCAAUAAUAGUUUUCUCUAAAAACUCAUUUACAUGCAUCUAAAUAGCCGCAAUUUUAUACAUUUAUUAGCCACACAUAGAAGUCCAUAGCAUAUUGAUUAUUGAUUAUACGAAAUAUUGCAAAUUUUACAACUAAUAAAUAAACCUAUGCAAGCGCAUGCAUACAUGCAUACAUACAUAUAUACUACAGUAGCAUACUUAGUGUUACAGAAAUGCGUGCAUGCACACAUACAUGCAUAUACAAAUUAAUAUACAAUACAUAAAAUAUUUGGCCUGCGCCAACUACCAACUUUUUAACAAAACGUAGUUUCUGUUGUAAUCGUUUUCCGUUUUCUGUUUUUUUUUUUUCAAUAACAUUUUCAUAUACUUAUUAAUAAGUGCAUAAAUCAUAUUAAAUAUUUAGUAACUUUUACUCAGUGUAGCCAAUGCAUUAUCUACUUUUUAAGUCCAACUAGUUUCCUAUUUUUCCUAUUAAAAAUUAAAAAAGAAUUGUAACUUAAAUGAUUAAUUUUUCGAAGCAAACAAAAACCGUGCACCGUCAACGUGCAGUAAAAAGCGCUGGAAAAUUAAUUUUAUAACAAAAAAUUCUAAUUUGGCGCGAAAUGGCUGAGAAACCAUGCAGAAAUCUAUGUCGAACUUUAUAAAAAAAUACCGCUUUUGGCGAAAAAUUACUAAGAAACGUUGAGAAUUUUCGAAGAAAAAAACAAAUUAUGCAGCAUGUAAUGUUUGCCAAAUAAAAUAAAAAAUAUAAAAAAUACCACUUACUACGUAAAACUCUUUAAUUUUUAAAAUUUAAAUUUAAAAAUUAGAUUUGUCAUGCAAUUUUUCACCACAAAACUGUAACUGUUGAUAACAUUUUGGCAUUAAAAACAAACACUUUUACACACACAGACUUAGACUAACACACAUUUCUUUUUGCACAAAUAAAAUUUCAAUUUAUUUUCAAUUCGGCAUUGAGCGGAGUAUUUGCAGCGGCGUUAACGGCAGGAGGCAGAAGAGUAUAGAAAAUAUCAGCAUGAAACAGUUAUCGCCAAUCGAUUUCCACAAAUUUGCUUGUGCGAAAUAAAUAACGAGCGCUUGUUUGCCUACUUAUUUUCUUUUCCAAUAAAGUAACACUAGAAAAAAGCUGAUGAAAUUAAUUUCCGAUAAUUUAAUUGAUUUGUUUGUUUAAUUUAUCGUGGAAAUAUUUGUAAAGUGUACAACUUCUUUCCAACACAAUUUUUCUGUGCAUUAUAUACGAAAAAUGUAUCGUCAGAUAAUUUAUUCUAAAUGGGUUUUCCAUAAGCACAAGUGCAGAAAUAACGAAGUACCAACUAUACCAACAACUGCAUAUCGAAUUUCUACAUUUGUGAAUUGUUGUUUUACUUUUUAAUUAUAUUGAUUUCCAAAUAUAUAUUUUUUUGAUGACUUAACUGGCCUCCUUCCUGCGUGUGCCGCAAAUUUCUCAAAUCAAUCAGCAAACAUUUCGUCAGAACGCACAAAGAAAAUCUCAAAAUUAUACGAAGAACUCUCUGAUACAGUGAAAGACAGAUGUCGCAAAAUUCUCACAACAAAAAAAAAAAAAAAAAAAAAAAAAAAAAAAAAAAAAAUAA